AUGGUUCCUCUACGUAAAAUACUGCAUCGUGCGUGCUUCAUAAUUAGUAGGACAGUUUACAUGACAUGCUGCUGCGGCUGCUGUUCAGCCCUAAGACCUCGCUACAAGAGGCUGGUUGACAAUAUCUUCCCUGCCUCCCCUCAAGAUGGACUCGUCAAGUCCAACAUGGAGAAGCUCACAUUCUAUUCACUGUCCAGUCCGGAGAAACUGGACAGGAUCGGAGAAUACCUGUUCCAGAAGGCGUCGAGAGAUAUUUAUAGGAGGAGACAUGGUUUCGUGAUCAUAGCUAUGGAGGCCAUGGACCAGCUCCUCGUUGCGUGCCACUCGCAGACCCUUAACCUCUUCGUGGAGAGCUUUCUGAAAAUGGUCCAGAAAUUACUAGAGUCCACUGAUCCUCAACUCCAGAUCUUGGCUACGCAGAGCUUUGUGAGAUUUGCGAACAUCGAGGAAGACACUCCGUCGUACCACCGUCGCUACGAUUUCUUCGUGUCCAAGUUUUCUGCCAUGUGCCACAGCAACCACAUCGAUAAGUCUACCGGAGACAAGAUACGGCUCGCUGGCAUACAAGGGCUACAAGGUGUUAUAAGAAAAACUGUAUCAGAUGACUUGGUGGAAAACAUUUGGGAAGCACAACACAUGGACAAAAUUGUACCAUCUUUGCUGUAUAACAUGCAGAGCGCGGAGAAGUACGAGACGGUGUCGUGCAUGGACAGCGCGGUGGGAGCGGAGGCGCCGGCGCGGCUCGCCGAGGCCUGCCUGCGUGAGCUCGUGGGACGCGCCUCCUUCGGGCACAUCCGCAGCGUGCUGAGACCCGUGCUCACUCACUUCGACCGACACGAGCUAUGGAUUCCGAACGAAUUCGCCGUGCACACCUUCAAAAUCAUCAUGUUUUCUGUUCAGGCGCAGUACUCGUACAGCGUGGUGGAGGCGCUGAUGCAGCACCUGGACGGCGCGGGGCCGGGCGCGGGGGACGCGCGCGCACGCACGCGCCUGCGGGCCGCGCGCGCCACCGUGCUCAGCAACAUCGUCGCCAUCGCCGCCGGGGACAGCGUCGGACCUUCCGUAUUGGAGAUCAUCAACAAUCUUCUUACGAACUUGAGAGCUUCUGUUGCCAGAGAUUCAGAGAAAGAAUCAGAUGAGAAAUUAUACCAAGAAGCGCUAAUAAACGCGUUGGGAGAAUUCGCGGACCACCUCCCUGACUUCCAGAAGAUAGACAUAAUGAUGUUCAUCGUCAAUAAAGUGCCCUCCGCCCCUAGGGGCAAGGGGACUAGAGCUGACUCCAUGCUUCAAAGCAUUCUGCUCAAGAGUUUACUGAAGGUGGGCACGACGUACCGCACGGCGGAGCUGAGCAAGGCGUUCCCGGCCGCCUUCCUCGAGGCGCUGCUGCGCGUGGGCUCCGGCGCCGAGCCCGCCGCGCGCGCGCUGCUGCAGCGCAUCCUGCACACGCUGCUCGACCGCCGCGCCAACGCGCCGCGCCUCACGCGCCCCACCGCAUCCUGCACACGCUGCUCGACCGCCGCGCCAACGCGCCGCGCCUCACGCGCCCCACGUGAGUACCCGCCCCACCGCCCCACCGCCCCACCGCACCUCGCUCUGCAGCGCAUCCUGCACACGCUGCUCGACCGCCGCGCCAACGCGCCGCGCCUCACGCGCCCCACCGCAUCCUGCACACGCUGCUCGACCGCCGCGCCAACGCGCCGCGCCUCACGCGCCCCACGUGAGUACCCGCCCCACCGCCCACCGCCCCACCGCCCCACCGCACCUCGCUCUGCAGCGCAUCCUGCACACGCUGCUCGACCGCCGCGCCAACGCGCCGCGCCUCACGCGCCCCGCGUGAGUACCCGCCCCACCGCCCACCGCCCCACCGCACCUCGCUCUGCAGCGCAUCCUGCACACGCUGCUCGACCGCCGCGCCAACGCGCCGCGCCUCACGCGCCCCACGUGAGUACCCGCCCCACCGCCCACCGCCCCACCGCCCCACCGCACCUCGCUCUGCAGCGCAUCCUGCACACGCUGCUCGACCGCCGCGCCAACGCGCCGCGCCUCACGCGCCCCGCUCUGGAGUAUGCCGAACUUGGUUUGACAGUAGAGAAGUGUUCACGACAAGAUCUCAUCUUCAUCAGCAAACAUGGAUACGCGCUCUUCGGUUCUUUGUACGAUGGCUUGCAACUAGAGUCCAACACAAUGGAGAACAUAGAAGCGAUAUACACAACAGUGGCCCUCAUCUGCAUCGAGCUCGGCUCCGAGGAGACUGUCGGUGACAUGUUGCAACUUGUGCUUGCUAUCCAACAGUCGGGUAUAUCGAACCCGGUGCUGUCGGUGGCGCAGCAGUGCCAGCUGCAGGGCGUGGCCAUCUCGCUGGCGGUGCUCGUGCCCCACGUGUGCACCGUGCCCCGUCUCGCCGAGUACUUGAAUAAGAUAAUCGAAGCCCGUCGCGAAGAAGCCCCGCAUAUGCUGCCACCCCUGAUGGAGUCUUACGAUGACCUCACGUCCUCCAAGUUGCCUGCCAAGUUACCUUAUCUGAUGAUGGAUCAGAUGGCGCUGUGCGAGUGCGUGAAGGCGAGCGGCCUGGACACCGCGCGGCUCGCGGCGCCGUCGCCCUACAGCGCGGGCUCCGUGGCCGCGCCGCACCGCCACAGCUGGCUCGAGGCCGGAGCAGCGCAGGGUCGCGACAGUCUCGCCGACAUCACGGCCGGCCCGCCCACGGAGCUGGACAGCGCUAACAGCUCGCCCGGUGUCACGAGGCGUACUCAAUAUGACGACCUGGACGAAGAGUACAGGAAGUUCACUGAGAAGUACAAUCACAACCAUCGGCCUUCCAUGCAGAACUUUGGCGUUUAUCGCUGUGACAAUGAGUUUUGGCAUUGGGGCCGCGAAGACACGAGAAGUUUCAGUGUGAAUAAUAGUACGAGAAGAGACAGGCGCCAGCCUGGAGUACGCAAAACGAUAUAUUUCAAAGCUAGGAAUGUAAAGUAUCGUGUGGAAGGCAGUGAGGUCUUAGACGCGUGUUGUGCUGUGCAGGCGGCGUGCGGGUCGGAGAGCGCGCACCUGGAGGCGUGGCGGCGCGCGGCGGGCGGCCCCAGCGAGGCGGAGCGCCGCGACCUACAGCGGCGCCGCGCCACGCUCAACAGCGCCUUCCGCACCGCGCCCUUCGACCACCUCAAGCACAUCACCGCGCCCAAGUACGAGAUUCAAGACAAAUUGGAAGAAAUUUUCAACUCCAUAACUGAGGAACCCCUACUGCCCAUGUCGGGCUCCUGCUCCCCCGCUGGACAGAAAUCCUACCAACAGAACGUACCUCCGUACACAAAGUACUUCCCUGAACUGUUCCUGUACUAA